AGCACGGCCUUCGGAGAUGUCCGUGUCCGACUUCGGAGCCAUCACGUGAUGAUGAAGACGAUUUCCAACUGAUUGCAAAUCGCGAAGGUGCGAUUACAAUACUCUACCGACCGCGCGACCGACGUGACGACACUUAUACACAUCAAAAUAUAUAAAACACAGCUUCGGCACAUCGAAAUUCUCCAAUUCACACACACACGGAAGAAACUACAACAUACCUACCAAGAUGGAUCCCGCUCAAUACACCUAUCCGUCUCCGCUCGCCGGCUGGGAAGAUCACACCCCGCUACCGACCGGCUACAACGCCGACGGCAAAUCGCUCCAGGCGCCCUCGGACCCGUCGACUUCGCCCACCUCGCCGUCGUACACCGCCUUCCCAUCUCCGAUCACGAACGGCUCGCGCGGGGGCUUCGACAUUCACAUCUACUACAACAAUGCGUCAGCGUCGCAAACGCUGUUCGCGCAACAACUGCACACGCGCAUCCGCCUCGAGUUCCCGGAGCUGCGCGUGUACCGCUUCUGGGACCGCCCGAUCGGCCCGCACACCAUGGCCAUGUUCGAGGUCAACUUGUUCACCCCGGCGCAGUUCGGCGCGUUCGUCGGCUGGCUCGUGAUCAAUCGCGGCCCGCUGAGCGCGCUGGUACAUCCGAAUACUGAUGAUGAGCUGAGGGAUCACACUCAGAGGGCUACGUGGUUGGGUGAGCGCGUUAUUGUCGAUACCACGCUGUUUUAUGAGAUGUUGAAGGGGAAGGAUGUGAGGGAGGCGAUUCUUGCGGAGGCGAGGAAAAGCGACGAUGCGGCGAACGCGUAGUAGGGACAGGGGGGUGGAUAGCACUAGGAGGGCUUCGGAAUUCUAUAAUCGAUGAUGACCAAUGUUUAUUACUCGAUGAUAUUUGGG